AUGGCUGGUGCACUUGUUGGUGGAGCUUUCCUCUCUAGCUUCAUUAAUGUUGUCUUUGACAAGUUCCUUACAACAGAUGCAGUCAACUUGGUCUUGGGCAAGAAGCUUGGCUCUGACUUGGUUGAAAGGCUGAAGAUUUCUCUGCAUGCUGCUGAAGUUCUGGUUGGUGAUGCUGAGUACAAGCAACUUGACAACCAACCUGUGAGGGACUGGCUCCACAGUCUCAGGGAUUCUGUUUACAGGGCCGAUGGCUUGCUCGAUGCUGUCUUUACCAAAGCCGCGACUCAAAAGGAGGUGCAUUCUUUCUGGCCUAUUAGCCUCCUCAACAGAGAUAAGGAGAUGAUAGAUAAGAUGGAAAGGGUGGUUAGAAGAAUAGAAUUUCUUGAAAAACAAAAAGAUUUCCUUGGUCUUGAAAAGACUACCAAGAAGAACUUCUUGUCAUGGAGAAUUCCAUCCACAUCUCUUGUAGAAGGUAAUAUAUAUGGCAGGGAAAAGGACCAACAGGAAAUAAUCAAGAUGUUAAAUGAUAAUAGAGAACAUCAGUUGUCUGUGAUUCUCAUUGUGGGCAUAGGUGGGGUUGGCAAAACAACUUUAGCUCAAUGGUUGUACAAUAAUGAAAACUUGAUGGAGGGGUUUCAAGUCAAAGAAUGGGUUUGCAUAUCUGAAGACUUUAAUAUUGUUGAGGCUACAAAGAAUCUUAUAGGUCAAACUGCUCGGAAUAUUGAGGAUUUCAAUUCACUUCAACUUAAGUUGAAGGAGAAAUUGUCAGAAAAGAAGUUCUUUAUUGUUUUGGAUGAUGUUUGGAGUGAUGAUGGUGAUGUUUGGAAGAAAUUCAAAACCCCUUUUCAAUAUGGGGCCAAGGGAAGUACAAUUCUUGUAACAACUCAAUGUUGUUGGUCGGUGUUCGCAAACAAUGCUUGUUUUCCAGAAUCAAAUGGGAGUUCAACACUAGAAGAAAUUGGUAGAAAGAUUGUCAACAAGUGUAACGGAUUGCCUUUGGCUGCAGAAACACUUGGACGCAUGUUGCGAGCUAAACAUGAUGUUAAGGAAUGGGAAGCUGUAUUAAAAAGUGAUAUUUGGGGAUUUUCCAUCAAGAAUAGCAAAAUUAUUCCAGCAUUGUUAAUCAGUUAUUUCCAGCUUCCUGCACAUUUAAAGCAUUGCUUUGUUUAUUGCUCAUUGUAUCCAAAAGAUCACCGUUUUCAUAAAGAUGAACUAAUCUUGCUCUGGAUGGCUGAAGAUCUUUUAAGGCCACCGAAGAGAGGAGAGAGUUUAGAAGAGGUUGGUUGCGAGUGUUUUGAAGAAUUAGCUUCCAGAUUAUUUUUCAAACAAUGUGAGUACUUUGAUAAGUGUUUUGUGAUGCAUAACCUUUUACAUGAUUUAUCAUUGUUCCUUGCUGGAGACUUCUAUUGUAGAUUUGAAGAACAUGGAAAAGUAGAAAGUGUAACUACUUACACUCGCCAUUUGUCUUAUGAUAGUUUGAGUCAUCUGAUCUCAGAGCAUUUUGAUUCCAUCAAUAAAGUUGAAUCUUUGAGGACACUUUUGCCUAUCAAUUUCUUUUCUCAUCCGGACAACAUUGAUAGUAUAACAUGUACCCUGAUAUUGAAGCUCAAAUAUUUGAGAGUUUUGUCAUUUCUCUCAUUUGAAGGACUAAAUGUAUUGCCAGAAUCAAUAGGUGAAUUAGCCUACUUGCGUUACUUAGAUCUUUCUGAGACAAGUAUUAGAGCACUACCAGAAUCAUUAUGUGACUUGUACAAUCUACAAACAUUGAAACUGAAUGAGUGUUCUAGUUUGACCAUGUUACCCAAUGGCAUGCAUAAGCUUGUGAAUUUGAGACAUCUCAGUAUUAGAAGAACUUGUUUGAAAGAAAUGCCGGAAGAAAUGAGCAAAUUGAAACACUUGCACUUUUUAAGCUACUUUAUGGUGGGCAAGCAUGAAGACAAUGGAAUCCAAGAGUUAGGAGGGCUUUUAAAUCUUCAUGGAUCAUUCGAGAUUAAGAAAUUGGAGAAUGUUGUCGAUGCCAAACAAGCAAGGAGUGCAAGGAUGUUGGAUAAGAAGCACAUUGACAACUUAUUGUUGGAAUGGUGUUCAGGUGAUGAUAUGGUUUCAAACACACAAACCGAAAGAGAUAUCCUCGACAGCUUGCAACCUCACCAUGGCUUGAAAGAGUUGAGAAUCAAGGGCUACAAAGGUACAAUAUUUCCAAAUUGGGUGGGACAUUGUUCUUACCAAAAUAUGACUAGUGUAUCUCUAUAUUCUUGUAACAAUUGUUGCAUGCUGCCUUCACUUGGACAACUACCAUCUCUUAAGUCCCUUCUCAUUCAAGGCUUUAAUCAGCUCAAGAGUAUUGGCAUGGAGUUUUACAAGAAUGAAGGUGAUUGUCAUUGUUUGCCAAUUGCACCGUUUCCCUCACUCGAGACAUUGGAAUUUUGGGAUAUGCCAUGUUGGGAAGUGUGGUACUUAUCUGAUUCAGAAUCUUUUCCUCAUCUCAUGAAGCUUCAAAUAACAGAUUGUCCAAUGCUAAAGGGAGAUAUACUUAAUCAGGUAUUCUUGAGAUUCAUUUCUUCUUUGUCUUCAGAUGUUCCCAAAAUUCGCAAGCUAAGUAUACAGAAAGAUCAUAAAGGAAGGUCUCAAGAGAUUUUACUCAAGGGGGAUAGUUUGUCAAUUAAGGGAUGUGAAUCUGUGAUGGGGUCUGCAUUUAAGGCAAUGAGCAUCAACCUUCUAACUUAUCUCCAAGAAAUACAAAUCUCAGGGUGUUCUUAUGCUGUAUCCUUUCGAGGCGAUUGUUUACCAAAAUCUUUGCAAAAGCUAACAAUCUUGAAUUGCAGCAAACUUGAAUUCCCUCAGCAGAAAUACUAUUUCAUGGAGCUAUACAUAAAAGACAGUUGUGAAUCACUGUCUUCAUUCUCAUUGGAUGACUUUCCAAAUCUCAAUAAUCUCAGAAUAGAAAAGUGUGAGAAUCUAAAAUCACUUUCAUUGUCACAACCACCACAUGUAGCUCUUAAACAUCUCUUCAUUGAUGACUGUUGCAAAUUCGUGUCAUUUCCGGUCGAAGGACUAGCUGCACCCAACUUGAUUCAUCUCAGGGUCACAUAUUGCUACAAGUUGGAGUCAUUGCCUGCUAACAUGAAUACUCUUCUCCCAAAUUUACAGUCAUUGGAGAUACAACGUUGCUCGGAAAUUUGUAAGUUGCCAAAGGGUGGUUUCCCUCCAAACUUGAAAGAGCUUAGUGUGGGAGGUUGUGAGGAACAAUUGAAGGGUCUAUCAUCAAUGUGUCACUUCAAUGCCCUUAUUGAGCUUACAAUUGAGGGCUAUUUUGGUGUGACAUCAUAUCCAAAGGUUGGUUCACUGCCUCAGCUUCCCUUGCUUACCACUCUGCGCCUCUGGGGCUUUCUUGAUUUGGAAACAUUGGAGUGUGACCAGCUUCUUCACCUCACAUCCCUCCAACAAUUACACAUUCAAUGGUGUGUGAAGCUAGAGAAUAUGGCAGGACAAAAGUUGCCUUCCUCUCUCUUACUACUUCAAAUUAUAGAGUGUCCUUUGCUUGGAGAACACUGUAAGAAGAAGGAUGAACAAUACUGGUCCAAAAUUUUCCACAUCCCCACCAUUCAAGUGGAUGGUGAACAAAUUUUCUGA